AUGAAGCUUCACGAUAAUUUCAAUUGCGGUUUCGGUUUUCUCUAUUCGGUUAAUUUGCGGUGCUAUGAGGUGGAUUCAAGCCGAUCACAGAGAUCUGUGUGGCUUUUAGUGGCAGAUUUUACGAUAUCUUGGAGAUCUUAUGUUUUCAACGGAGAUGGAGAAUUCGGAGUAAAUGAUUCGGAUUUUUCAGAGACAGAUCUUGUCCGAAGAUGUACCGGUGGAUCGGAUCUCGCCGAUAUAUGGGGAGGAUCUCGAAAGAGCUAUUCGGGGAAAGUAGAAGUGCAGAAGUGGAGAAAUAAGGAAACCAGGGGAAUCAUCUUCGUCAACGAGAGAAGAAGAAUCGGAUUAACAGAGGAUACGUCGGUGCAAUCACAAGUCCAAUUAAGGGCAAUUCCUUUACAUAGGAAAUUUCGGUGGUUUCAAUUAUGGAAUUUGGGGAGUUAUUCGGAUUCUUUUAGGGAUUGGAUUGAGAUUAGAAUGGGUUUUUUCGAGAUACGAAGUUAUGAGGAAUUACAGUAUAAGAAUCAUCUGAAGAAUAGACAUAACACUCACCUUGGCUUUCAUUUUCAUUAUCUCGGUUUUUGCUCUCUCGACUUUUUUGGUCUAGCGGGUAUCUUUCUUUGUGUGAGCUCUAAUACUCUCUUGGUUUUGCGUUUUCCUGUUCAAGGAAUCGACAUGACUCAAGGAGCUUUGGUUGGUGGUGGUGCUUCUCACGGUGGUAACAAGAAGCCGGUGUCUCGUUUGAAGAUCACGGUCCCACGUUUUGACAACACAGCGUUGAUCAGUGGUUAUUCAAAGACGCUGAUUGGUCGUUGUAUGAAUCCAUCGGCGCAGGAUGUUCAAGCCUUGCUGCACCAUAUGCCUCGGUUUUGGAAGAUGGAGGAUCGAGUAGGAGGAGCGGAUCUGGGAUUAGGGAGAUUCCAGUUUGACUUUGAAAAUGAGGAGGAUAUUGCGGAGGUGUUCAAGCUUGAACCGUUCCACUUCGACUAUUGGAUGGUGUCGUUGGUGAGGUGGGAGCCAAUUGUGGAUCCAGCAUAUCCCUCGGCUUUAAAGUUUUGGGUUCGUUUGAUGGGUGUUCCACUACAUUUUUGGGCGGAGACUACUUUCCGAUGUAUCGGUGAAGCAAUUGGCGAAGUCCUGGAGGUGGAUAUUGAUGGAGGAAGAGUUCGGGUAUGCCUUGAUGGGUAUAAGCAUUUGAUUUUUGAAACUACAGUGGAGUUUCAUAGUGGGGAAGAGACGGUGGUGGCAUUGCGCUAUGAACGCUUGUUUGGCUUUUGCCGAGAGUGCUCAAGCCUGUGUCAUGAUGUAUUGCAGUGCCCGCUUCUUCGCAAAGCUAGAGAGGAACGUGAGAACCAGAAGAGAAGAGAUGAGAAGCCGGAUGGAGGCAUGAUGAGUUACAAAGGAGUGGUGAUUAACGGACCAAGUGGGGAGAAUGGAAAUGGGAGGAAUCCCCAUGCCAAUAGUGCCUGA